UUCUGAUAAGCGAUGUUGUUAGCCAUGACUCUGCACUGGAUCACCGCAUGCCUCUGGUUAACAAGAUCAAAUUUCACAGCCACCAGCGGAUUCACGUAGGUUGGCUAGGAGAGAACACAACACGAGUUCGUUGAGACGUGAGGUUUACUGUGAAAAAGCAGAAUGCACCUUGAAGGUGUGCUGUACCUGGGCCAGCCUGCCGUAGUACGGGAAAUACGAGAGGUCGAAGCUUCCAUUAACGGGGUAGUACUCAUAGCCGCGAACGUUAUCUUGACCCUCCUGCAAACACACACGCACUUCUCAUUAGGCUUAUCAGUGCUAUCAGUGUUUAACAUCCAUCGGAGCACUAAUAUGGUCCACACUCACCAGCACCGUGCAGUUCACGUAUGGUGCACUUCCUGUUCCGUUGUUGGGCAGGAAAUGGAUGAUCUGAGAACAAUAAUGAGUUUCUCAGAUGCACUGUAAAAGCAGCCUUUGGAUUAUUUCUAUUUGUUUUUACCUUACCCUGUUCAUCUUGAUGAUCACACAUGGCUGGGCAGUGUUGUACCCGAACGUGGGGUCACUAAUACCGGAGCAGUUACCCAGUGUGCUUUGGUAGAAAGGACAGGACCACUUUGUAUGUUUCGGAGCGUUGAACGUAUUUUGGAUGAAAUACUUGCCAGUACUACAGUUGUAAUUAUUGCAGUGUGUCUGUUUGGUAUCAUUGUACGCUGCAUUAAAGGGAGGGGGGAGAAAAAAUGAUUUGUUGAAACGUCGUGUUCAUAUUUGGAGUUUGGCUAUGAAGACUAGAUACGUACGUUCAAGGAAGUCCUUAAGAAUAUUGGACAUCUUCAUCCAGUUUUUCUUAUCCGACAUGUUGUAGUUGAUCUCCAGCACUUCAUCGUUGUACGUGUCCGGCCAAGCCAUUACGCCUAUAAAAAAUAGUAUGGGACAGUGAGAGCUGUGUUCGUAUUUUCUUGUACAUUAUAUUUUACAGUGAAAGAGCUUUAAGGGUUCGUUAACCUGGCGAUUUUAAUCGAUCCUGGUAGUCCGGGGUGUACGGGUUCAGUGUGUACAUGAGUACGUAGAUGGCCAGAGAAAACAAGGCUGUCAUCACCACGUAGAAUGCUACGUAAUACAAGCUGAUGUACACUGAAAUAAAGAGUAAGUAAAAAGUAAAACGCCCGAUUUUGCUUCUUUUUAAUGGCAACAAUUAUUGAGCAGUGUGAAGUUCCUGAUAUCCAUCUGCAAAUAAUCGCUUAUCUUUCUGCCUUAUCUCUCGGCAACACGCACUAGAAAGCCGUGACUCCCUUUACCAAAAACAAACACACCGCCAUUCACUUCACACAAAAUGACCGUGACAAAGUCAGAAGAAGGUCAUGUGUCCUUGAGUAAAUUCACGACACAAAAUUCAAGACGAAAUACAGCCUCGAUUAUUUAGCUAAGGACCACGCUGGCGUUCUGCUGUUCUCUGGAAGCACAGUUAGAGCUGAGCUUUUUAAUUCAUAAAUGGUUUAAAACUGACUUGAGGUCAGCAGUAACAGUAAAAGUCGGGGUUUUUUUUAAGUAUCUUUGGUUUGCGUUUUCUUUCAUUUAACACUUUUUGACUAGACUAGAAGGAAAAUCUCUACUUUCUACAUCACUACAUUUCUCUAAUAUUGUGGUCUGAGGCACAAGACCCUUAUUUUCCCCCUCUGUAAUGACGAGAUCUACAAGCUCCAGGACCUAAAUUCUUAACUAUCUAAACUUUACAGCAGCAAAAAUUGAACUUAAUACCCACGAUAUAUGAUGAUACAUCAUUAGCUUAUUUUACCUGGUGAAAGGGGCAACAGUUUACCAUCAGAAUUGAGGCAAAAAAUCGUUUUCUUUUUUUGGACCUUUCCUACAAGUUUUUACUUAUUUGAAGCUGUUCUUUACAAACGUCUACUAUUCAUUACAGAUGAUUAACUGCAAUUGUAAACAUUUUACAGGACUUACCCCAUUUUUCUGGUGUUCUACCCAUAAAUUUCCCUUCAUCAGAAUUCCAAACAAAAUGGCCAAAAUCUUCACACCUUUGGCCACAGGUUCUCUUUUCCUUCAGCGCAGCCAUUGUAGAGGACUUUUCUGGGAGCUACUAGUUUGUAAAAAUAAAAAUCUUUCCGAAUUAAUCUCCUCUGAGGGGGUUUCUUUUGGUGUCUUGUGUUUGUGAGGGCACAACAGUUGUGCACGACUUUUUUAUAUACAUGGUGAUAAGCACACAAUUAACAUGCAUAACUCUGGGCAGGACUAACCUCUCACAGGUUCUCUCAUUCACCCAGUAAUGGAAAUGUGCAGAGAUUCGUUGUGGUCACCUUGAAGCCUUGGAUAAGGCCGUAAGGUCUCAGCUUGAGUUUGAGUAAGGUCUUGGUCCCUUAUCAAACAGUGGGAACAAUUCAGAGAUAAACUGUUUGGUUUUAGAGUUAACAUUGACCACUGGAAGCAAAUGCUAAGAUGUUUUCAGCGAGUGUUAUUCAACACCAUUAAACACUUAUCACAGUAUCUGGCCUGAGACUGAUGGGAAGAAGCUUACAUACAAGUAUGUUCAGAUCUCCUGAGAUUAUAUACUACAGGGGUCAAGUGUACCUCAUAAAGGCCAGAUAUUGCUAAUGUCAAAGCAAGACAGAGUGAUCUACUUGACCUCACCAAGCCGUCAUUUGUCUAUUUUUAAGUAUUAAAGUGAAUUAACACUUUUUUUUGUUUGUUUGUUUGGAAGUUGAGUCCUUAAGGGUUAACAUGGGGAAGGUAUUAUGGAGUUAGGAGAUAAGGGCUUUAUGAAAGGUGAUGAGACAGGCAGAUCUGGGUGUGCAAGUGUCUGUGCCAUAGGGCUUAGACUUUCAUGCUACUGUCUAGCCAAAGCCCCAAGCUGGAUUCCACGAACACUUUCUCUGCCUGAAUCCUUCCAGACGCAAUUCUCUAGGAUCCUGAGUCCCCUGGAUUUUGAUGUCUGGUUAUCCAAUCUACUUCCCUUUGUCUCCUUCAUUGGCAUUCUGUCUAUUUGGAGAGAAGCACUCAAACCCUGAACCAGAGUAGUUGUUCUUCUGCACGAUUAAUUUUCAUCUAAUCAAGUCCGGCCGUUGAUUUGACACCAUGGAUAUUGGUGGUCUUACAACAGUGGUAGCCAACUCGGCAUACAUCUCCGCUCGUGGAAGCUUCGAUGGCUCGGCAAACCCCGCAGCAAAUCGGGACAAGAAGUACCAUGCCAAGCUGAAACUGCCUCACAUCACAGUAUGUGAAGGCCUCAGGGAGACACUGGACCUCCAGUUCAACAACAUUUGUGUCGAGCAACCCAUCGGCAAGCGCCUGUUCCAGGAAUACCUAGAAACAACUAACGAGUACAAAGGUCCCUCUCGCCUGUGGAAGGAUGUGGAGGAAUAUGACACUGCUGAGGACAAGGACCGUGUCAGUAAGGCUGCCAAGAUCCUUCAGCGCUACAUGGACCCUGCAGCCAAGUACUUCUGUCCCUUUCUGCCUGAAAACGACAUCACCAAGGUGAAAGAGCGGCAUGAGAACGCUUCCAAUGACUUAUUUGUUGACAUUCUAGCCUGCGUUCUCGAUUUCCUUAGGGAGGUCCCAUAUACCUUCUACCUGGAGACCAUGUACUUCAAGAGGUUUCUGCAAUGGAAGUGGCUGGAGAUGCAGCCCAUGGGUGAGGACUGGUUCCUGGACUUCCGCGUGCUUGGUAAGGGCGGCUUUGGCGAGGUGUUCGCCUGCCAGAUGAGGGCCACAGGGAAGAUGUAUGCUUGCAAGAAGUUGAAUAAAAAAAGGCUUAAGAAGAGGAAAGGUUAUGAGGGCGCCAUGGUGGAGAAAAGGAUUCUGGCUCGUGUUCAUAGUAGAUUCAUUGUUUCCCUGGCCUACGCUUUCCAGACCAAAACAGAACUUUGUCUGGUCAUGACCAUCAUGAAUGGAGGAGACCUGAGGUACCACAUUUAUAAUGUAGAUGAGAAUAAUCCAGGCUUUGAUGAGCCCAGGGCAUGUUAUUAUGCAGCACAGAUCAUUCAAGGGUUGGAGCACCUUCAUAAGAAGAGAAUCAUCUACAGAGACCUGAAGCCAGAAAAUGUUCUUCUUGACAAUGAAGGUAACGUGCGUAUCUCUGACCUUGGCUUGGCUGUGGAGCUAGCAGACGACCAGGAGAAGACGAAAGGCUAUGCUGGGACUCCGGGAUUCAUGGCCCCUGAGCUGCUGAAAGGAGACGAGUAUGACUACUCUGUAGACUAUUUUACUCUUGGAGUCACUCUCUACGAGUUCAUUGCUGCCAAAGGCCCCUUCAGGUCUCGAGGGGAGAAGGUGGAGAACAAAGAGGUGAAGAAGCGCAUCCUGAAUGAUCCAGUAACCUACACGGAGAAGUUCAGUGAGAAUGCAAAGUCCAUAUGUGAAGCCUUGCUAGCCAAGGAAGUGGACAAGAGGAUGGGCUUCAAGAAUGGGUCUUGCGAUGAGUUGCGUGCGCACCCUUUCUUCAGCAACCUCAACUGGAGGAAGUUGGAUGCAGGGAUUCUGCCACCUCCAUUUGUCCCUGAUUCGAAGACUGUGUAUGCCAAGGACCUUGAUGAUGUGGGUGCUUUCUCCACUGUGAAAGGAAUCAACCUGGAAGACGUGGAUAAGGAGUUUUUUGAUGAGUUCGCCUCUGGAAAUAUCUCCAUACCCUGGCAGGAGGAGAUGAUUGAGACAGGAAUCUUUGGCGAGCUGAAUGUGUGGGGUCGCGGAGGCACGUUGCCCAAUGAUCUGCGGCGCGAGUCUAUCUUGGAGCAGCCUCCCAAGUCUUCCACUUGUACCAUUUCAUAAACGCUUACUAUAAAAAGAGAACAUUUUACCCCUCUCCUUAUUGCUCUCUGAUUGGGAUGAUGCAUGGACAUGAAGAGGUUCAGGAAUGACCAGCAGGAUGAAGUUAUUUUAUGUUAUCAUGUAACAAAUGGACUACAGAGCAGCUGUAAUUUGUUGAUACAAGCUUUGAAAGAAAUGAAUUAGUGGUUCGCAUUAAUGAGUAACUCUAAUACCAUAGUGCUGUUAAAUUUUCGAUUCUGUUUGGCCAAAAGGUUUCAGAUCUCAGGUUCUAUUUCAGCCCUCACCAGGGGCAUUGUCUAACCCCGGGAUAUCCUCAUGUACACAUGCUCACACAUACCGUCAACAAGUAAUGAAGUAUUUACAUGUUCUACUCAAUGUAUUUUCUUCAGAAAAUGAAGGCGGCUUCUGUCCUAUUCCAGGCCGAUUGGUUCUUGAAAGUCCUCUCUUUUUGCCUGGUCAAGUAGCCAAAAGACUGGUCAGGAGAUUUUGCAUCACAGUCAUCAUAGCAAUACUCUUGUCAGCAAUAUGCUACUGUACAUGGAACCCAGUUUCUGUUGAGGAUGUUGUAGUUGCUGACUGCAGCCAUAGCUCUGAUUCUCUUGGGUUUGUUGGAACUGAGGAGUUGCCAGACAUGGCUGAAUCCCAGGCUCAAUUUAAAAAAAGACAUAUUCUCAUAUCAGCAAACAGAGCACAGAAUCUGACCCUGUAAAAAUGUGAAGAAAAUUCAUAUACCGGGAUCAUGUUCUCUAUUGGAAUGAGAUGGUCACCACGCAUGCCUCCUUUGCCGUAUUGGGAGGAGGGAUAUGAACCCUUAAUAUGAGGUCAGAAAACAUUAACCUGCUGACUCUUGCAGCCUGAGGCAACACAUAUACCCAAGACAGUGGUGCCAGCACCCAGAGGUGGUAUAGCAGAUCUGGGGAAAUUUGGACUGAGAUAGGAGUGGAAAAGUUCUCUAGGAUACAUGACAAAUUGCACUACCUCUGUUGCUGAUCUGAUUCUGCCCAGGCUUAAGCAGUCAACCCACACAGUUCUGCUCAGAGCACCACAAUGACCAAUGAAACCAUGGUUCUCAUACUAGUGAUUGGGACACUCCCUGCACAGGCAGACCUUUUGUCUAAGAUAUUGCCAGGUCAGCUAUGUCUGUGGGCUAGAGCCUUGGCUUUUAUACAUCGCAGGUAGAAACCUUUCCAAAAAUGCUGUUUGUCUGCUGCUCAAUGCUACAGAAUGAAUCGGUUCCUCACUAUAUUGACGCAGAGGAUAUUCAGACGUUAGACACCAUGCCUGGCAGUUAGAAGGGGUGAUUCACGAUUCUGUGGUCACCCAACAGGCACUCUCAGACCUAUGGACUCGAGAUGAAUGUGUUUAUAGCAAGUAUUACGUCACUGUCAAUGUUAUGUUUAUUAUUGCACCUUUUCUAAUACAUUCUCAUUCAAAGGGACGUUUAUGGCUGACCCACAACAUAAUCUAAUACUAAUAAUAAACUAAUUGAAUCACUGUGUUGCUAUACACCAAGGAAAACCAUAAUUGUUGAUCUGUCAGUUUUGAUCUGUUGAAGGGAUCUGUUUUGUUUGGGGUUGUUAAUUUAAAGAGUGAGAAAAAAUGGCUUGUGUGGGAAAAACCACUCUAUUUAUAGCUGCUCUAAUUUAAUGAUAACAGGAAUGAACUUCCUCUUCGCUCACAGCAAGUUAAGUUUAACUCUAAACUGUUAAAGAACUGACAUGUCACUUGUUAAUACGUUAAAAAGUGUAAUUCGUGUCAUUCUGGGCAAAUUGCUGUGGUAUGGGAGGAAUAAACCGCUUCAGGAUGUACUGUUAUAUGAGGUGAUGUGGCCCGAUUUGAAGAAGUUCCCAGAAGUUGAUUAUUUUCCUAACAGCGCACACUGUCAUGUUUAACUAGCUUCAUCUCCUCAUUGAAAGGUCCCACAGUGUGGAUUGUCAUUACAUUGCUGUAUUUUCUGUGUUUAUUAUGACUAUCUUAAUUUGCAUAUUGUACUGAAGCUGAUGAGGAUAUGAAGGAUUAUUAAUAAACCUUAGUCUGAUUAAUUUCAUCUCUUGCAAUAAUUCACCAUACACCAUACAUCUGUAAGACUAUUUAAUCCAGCAGAAAGAAAAUCAUGUGUGAGGAAUAAUAAUAAUAAUAAUAAAAGAGGUGCUGAAGACUUUACAGGAAAUGCUUGUGCUUUUCAUAGAGUUUGUAUUAUGGUUUGCUGAGUAAUCAUGCCCAGAUAUGCUUAUUUCAGCCAUCUUAGACCACCUUUUUGUGUAAAAAGCUGUGAGUGAACGUUGAUUGUGCAAACAAUAUCAUGAAUAAUGAUUUUUUGAAUUAUGCAAUAGGUAUCACAUCUAUACAAAUAAAUA